AUGUCUAGUAAGUUCGAUAAUUCGCCAUUUCAUAGAGAGGGUAAACUGGCAUACACCAAGCCUAAACCUAAACCCAAAUCAAAAGAUUCAGAAUUCAUACAAGAGUUGGUGGAAACCGGAAGAGCCAACUGGAAAAAAGCACCAAAGGCUGUUAAAACUAGAUACUAUGGUAUCUAUAUGAUAAUGUUUUCGAUCCCAGUGAUAUUAAUACCCUCGUAUGAGAUUUAUAGAAGGUUAGAAGGUAAGUCGACAAAGAGAGUUCAAGAAGGUGAGUUAUUGGAAGGUAAUGAGGUACGAAAGUUUGACGAGGUUGAAAAAUGGCAAGUAGAAAAGAACAGUUUGAUGUAUAAGAUAUUCGGGAGAGAUUUCUUUCUAGACGGGUUUACCAGUAGGACCAUGAAUCCAGAGAAAAACAAUGAAAAGGAUUCAAAGUAA